AUGUCAACAGAGUAUUCCGAAGUGGCUUUGAAAGAGAAAUUGCAUCGACUCACUAACCAUCCUGAUUCCAUCCAAUCUUUGUCAAGUUGGAUUAUUCAGAACAGCAAAUACCGCGAAAGCAUAAUUCGCGUGUGGUCGAAGGUUUGAAUAAAAAAGUUAUUUAUGAUUUUAUUAUUCAUACAUCAGGACGCUCGCAAAGAGUCUAAUGCUGCGAGAAUUGUGAAUUUGCUUUACCUCGCUAAUGACGUUGUACAGAACUGUAGGAAAGUUUGUCCGGAGCUCAAGGAUCACUUUUUUCCCGUCCUUGAAAGCGUUAUAAAGUGCGUUCAGUGUUUUGAACGUAUUACAAAAUUUUUUAGACAUUCUGCGCGUAACCCGCCUCCUGAAAUUGAGAGAGUACUUCCAAAAUUAGUCAAGGUUUGGAGGGAGCGAGAAGUUUUCAGCCAAUCUCAAUUAAGACGGUUCGUUAUCAGACUUAUUUUCAAAUAGUUUCCUUUCACAGUCUGGAUGACGCCCUUUUACAAGGAAAGUCUUCGGCUGCAUAUCCAACGCCCGUAUCAUCAGUACCGGAUCUAUCCAAGGUUGAAAGUUUAAAUCUUCGAAUUUGGAGAGAUAUAUUUUGCUUCAGAACAAUCCGCAGAAAGAGCUCUUGCAUGAAGAAGUAGCAAAGAACUGUCAGGAAAUUUUGAUAUCUUUGCAACGGUUGCAGGCUCCGCCGAGUACGGAGCGCGAAGUAAGGUUCUUGAAUUUCUUUUCUUCUUUUUUUUAAAUGUUUUUUGUUAAGAAUCCAGCUGGCUACUUUUCCCGAAUCAAUAUCCUGUCCAGAGAUGUUGCAGACGAUUCGGGAUUCAAGCCAAGCGAAGGAAGUUUUGAAGCACAAUGAAGCAGCGCUGCCGCUUAUUACCGAUUACUGCAAAAGGUCUGCGUCAAACCGAUUCGAUAGUAUAAGACGCAAGAUUAUUGUUCUUUCGAAGAAUAACUUUUUCUUAAAAAAAUUUUUAAAAAAAUUUAAUAACUUUACUUUAAUUAAUACUUAAGAGCUAACCUCUUUUGAACUUUUUGAAAAAUAUCAAGAAUUAGAUUUUUUUCCUCUUUCCACGACUCGUUUGUUAGUUUUGAGAAUUUUUUUAACGAUUCUAGCUUUCGUAAUCUUGUCGAGGAUUUAACUAGCCGGUUCCAAAUAUGGUUGCCAGUUAGCUGAACGGAAUAUCUUUACCGUUACGUACACACUUUUAAGGCUGGGAGAAGAAAUGCUGGAAAGACGAAACCUGCAACAGCUCCUCGACAACCUCAUGAACAACGUACGAAGCUGCGUCGAGUACCACGAAAAGAUGUUGCGCGACGUCAAGAAAAAAGAAGAUAGACUGAAGAGCGAUCUUGUAGAGGUUCGUUACUCGAAAAACCGAUUUUAUACCGUUUUUAGGUGGAAAAAGCCUUCAACUCUCUGCCAGACCUCAACGCCGAAGCUUCUUUCAUCUCACGAUCUCUUCCCGCUCUCGAAAAUCUUUUCGAUGUUUAAACCCUAUCACUUAUUUUAUUCAUAACUUUUUAUGGCCUCCACGGGUGUAAUCACUGCUCUCCUGAUAAAAUUGUUCUUCAACUUCUCUUUAGUUUUAUCUAACGGUUAUAUCCGCUCAUUUUCUUGUAUCGACCUCGAUUAAGUUCUUCCUAUCUCGAAGCACUUUAGAUGGGUAUUCUGGAAAAGAUCGCUGAGAUCGAGCAUGAAAUCUCGAGAACUCAGAAGAACAAGGCAACCGAGUAUCAUUUGGGACUUUUGAAGGUAAACUUAUUCUUGGCUUGACGAUUGCGGAGAAAAAUCGAAAAAAAAGAAAAGAAAAAAGUGGUUAGCAGAUGUUGCAGCUCCACGAACCUUCACGUGUUUUGAAAAUAUUCACAAACGAUUUCUAGGCGAAAUUGGCCAAAUACCGACAGCAGUUACUGGAGCCGUCGGGUAAAGGGGGAGGCAAAGGCGAAGGAUUCGAUGUAAUGAAAAGUGGAGAUGCUCGAGUUGCUAUGGUAGGACAUUGCAAGCGACGACUUGCAAAUCUCUGUUCAGGUCGGAUUUCCGUCUGUGGGAAAGUCCACACUUCUCUCUUCCAUGACCAACACUCACUCAGAAGCAGCCGGCUACGAGUUCACGACUCUCACCUGUAUUCCUGGCGUCAUCAAUUACGAGGUUUUCCAAUCGUUUGUAUCCAUUUUUCUCCAGCUAAAAAGUCCAUAAUUUCAGUUCUUUCUCUAGCAGAACUUCUGCGUCUGUAAAUUUUCCAAUCUAUUCGAGUUCUAAAGUUCAAGUCAAUCUCUUUCUUGCAGGGUGCCAAUAUUCAACUUCUUGAUCUUCCUGGAAUUAUUGAAGGAGCUUCUCAAGGAAAAGGUUUCGUAUUAUCAAAACCUUUUGAAGAAUCAAAUAAACUGAAGGUCGUGGUCGACAAGUUAUCGCCGUCGCCAAAACAGCGGAUUUGAUUUUGAUGAUGCUUGAUGCGGGAAAGAGUGACCAGCAGAGAGUUCUUUCAAAAACCUGACACAUCCGUAAAAAUGAGUUUCUAUAGGCUUUAUUGGAGGCAGAACUUGAAGCAGUGGGCAUUCGAUUGAACAAAAGACCGCCACAUAUUUACGUCAAGCAGAAAAAGGUUUUUCUUUCAAUAUUAACUUGAACAUUUUCAACGAGUUUUUUGUAGAAAAAAAUUCUUUUUUAUUAAUUCGAACUGAAAAAAUCCGGAACCUCUGAUUAUGAAAAUAAUUACUGAAGUGAAAAUUAGCGUUUUUUCUCACAAUUUCGAGAAGUUCGAAAGUUUGAUAAAAACGAAGUUACUGAUUGCGGCCUAAUCAUUUAUAUUGUGGCUUUCUUUCAAUUCUCCAAAGUGUAAUUGUUUUCAAAACAGUUUUAAAGGUGGGAGGCGUCAAGUUCACGCACACGGUGCCUCUGACGCAUUGCAACGAGAAACUGAUCAUGACAGUUCUUCACGAAUACAAGAUAUUCAACGCCGACGUCGUCUUCAGGGAGGACUGCACGUUAGAAUUUCGCCUUCAUCCAAUUUUGACCUUUUCUCUUCAGUGUCGACGAAUUUAUCGAUGUCAUUCAAGGGAACCGCGUCUACCUCACGUGUCUAUAUGUCUACAACAAAAUUGAUCAGAUUUCUAUCGAGGAGGUCGAUCGGCUAGCCAGGUUUUUUUUCGUUUUCAUGAGGCUAUUCCAACACUUUUGUUGCUAGACUACCACAUCAUGUUGUUAUUUCUUGCGAAAUGAACCUCAACAUGGACUAUCUUCUCGAAAAGAUUUGGGAGUACCUGGCGUUAGUCCGCGUCUACACUAAAAAGCCAGGAAAUGCUCCGGAUCUUGGUUUGUUUUCUUCUUUUUUUUUACCAAUUCUUUUCUUGUUAUCUUAUUUCAUCUGUGCGGGAUAAACUGCACUACAUUUAAAAAUUAUUUUUAAAAAAUUUAUAAAUGGUCCAAGAAAAUAAUAUGGGUUUUCAACGGAUUCAAACUUAGUCAUUUAAUCGUCGUGCAUAACUUCAAAUUUUAAUGAUAAGUUUAGUUUAAUUUUAGUGAAAGACAUUCUGGCUACCUAAUAUGAAGCCGUGAUGAUUUUGAAAUAUCUACUUUCUAUCGCUAUUCUCAAUAAUGUUAUAAUUUCCUUUUAUUAAAAUAUUUUCUGAAAGAAGAUUUUCGAAAUGAGUUCCACAUAGAGCAGAGGUGCAACUUGAUAAACGAAAACUAGUUUUUUCGAGUUCCGAAAAGUCUUUACCGUUUAAUAAAGAAAGUUCUGAGUACACUGACUUCUUCAUUUUCGAAAAUUUUACCGCAUAGUUUCUGCGGAUAAGUAUAACCAAUUUCUAAAACCUGAACUCUUUCUGAAUAGUUGAGUGUUUUUUUCGCAAGAACAUGCGUUAUAGGGGCCGAGGACGGCAUCAUUCUGAGACAAGGCGCCACCGUCGAACAUUGUUGCCACGCCCUGCACAGGACCCUCGCCGCUCAAUUCCGCUACGCAAUCGUCUGGGGAACCUCGACCAAAUUCUCUCCACAACGCGUCGGAAUCCAGCAUCUUUUGCACCACGAAGACGUCAUUCAGAUCGUCAAAAAAUGA